AUUUUAACCCCCACCCUUCACAUACUCUUUGCAGGAGCGCAGCUUAUCCUCCUUCAUCUUCCGCUGCUGCGCUUCAUUACCGUCGAACUCUUCCCUUCAGCAGCCAGCUAAAUCAAUUAGACGUGCGAUUCUCGAUCAUCUGCGACAGGCGGUGGCUACAGGCAACACCUCUGUAGAUCCUCUCCUUCGUGGGUCAUGUGUCUUCACCGGUACACAUAAUGUCUUCUUCUUCUUCGCCCCCUCUUCUAUUUCAGCGAGGUCUGACGCAGGUAAAGUGGUGAAGACAAAGUGAAGGUGCUCCAUAUAGAAGUAAAAUCUUGCAGUAAAAUAGGGUCUGACUUCGCUUCCUUGCGACCUCGCUCCAACCCUAGCCGGAUGACGGACUAAGAUAUCAAUUCCCUCUCCUUCUCUUUGGGAUUCCAAUGACCGGAUGAAGAAGCUAACCGGUGGCUUGUUCAGAGGGCCAAUUCUUUGCAAGAACAUCCCCACUCUUGUCCCAAGUAUUUGUAUUAAAGACCAUACAUGCAUUUGGUGAUAAGUACAGAGCAGGCGAUAUAGUUAUUCAAGGAGCAGGAAAACUCAAAUUGGUGUUUGAUAAACCCUUUCUCUGAAUAGUACUGGUUGGAUGAGUAUCAGUUGAUGAGAUAAUAAUUUACUAGGCAGUUCUCUAUCUCUAUGCGUAAGAAAAGCAGCUUUAAGGAGUUAUUCAGGUUCAAGGAUAUAUUUCAAGAAGUUUCUGAAGGUCAAGGAAAUCAAAGUUUGUAGAAGCUGGAAUUUGGUGAAAAUAUUGCUACCUUAUGCCCUUGAUUAUCUGUUUGUUUUGUUUCCUAUUCCCUUUCAAGAAAAGAAUUCUAUAAUGUGUAUUUUUUUCCUUUCUAAAUAAUUCUCAACCACAAAAUUUCAAUUUGUUAACAAUGCAAAGUAAAACUAGGAAAUAAAUAAGGAAUAAGGAGAUACUUUUCUCUAAUUUGGUAAAACUAGUUGUUUCCUAUUCACAACUAAUUCACAACUAAUUCACAACUGAUUCACAACUGAAAAUGUUGUGACUUACAUAGACUAUGUGACUUACAGUCUACUUCAUAAUUAGAACUAAGAAGAAUGCAUUACUAAUCUCAGAAAGAGACCCUCUAUCUGAACUCUGAAGUAUGUCCUUGCUCAUAGGAGAAAGUGAAAACAUGAGUGACUGGUUGAAUAUUUUAGUCAUAUGCUUUGACCUAGAAAAUGUGCUCUUCGUACUGGCUGGCAAAGAAAUCCAAAAAUGUAAUUUCUUUAACACGGGUAAUAGUUAUAUUUUUUCUGCUUUUGUUGUAUUAAUGACUAAGGAUUGCCACACUAUCAUUGGAAUCACAAUUGUUUACCACGGAAUACUUAGCAGUAUAUUAAGUUCCUUUGCUGACAAAUGGUUCAACUUUCUAUUCUUACAGAAGGUUGAUACGUGUAGAGAAGAUGAUGAUUGUAGGGAAGAACAAAGUAUGGUAGAUUCCCUAUUGGAAACUGUAGGUGUCAAAGUUGAAGAUCCAUCAACAAGAACACUAGCUUUUCUAGAAUCCGAUAGCAGUCUUGAUUGUUAUAAGAGUUCAUUUAAUUUAGUAACUCUUUUUAAAAAGAAUCACUUAAUUGUUAGUAGAUUGAGGCCAUCAACACGCAAUGUUGUUGUUCUGGCGGCUGAAGCCUUGGCUUUGAGAAAAGACAAGGAAUACUUGUUGAAUAACCUUCUUAGAGCAGAAGAUGAGAUGAAAGUUAUUUUUGAAGAAAACAAUAUAUAAUCAAUGGUGUAUGUGUUUCGUCUAUAUUUGGAGUUAUUAUAGUGAGGUGAUUUUUUUGAGGGGGUUAUUAUAGUGAUUGAAUAAAUAUCCUGUAAAUAUUCUUUAUUUGAGUCUUCUUAAGUGUUGCAUCAUACGUUCUAGUAUUUUUUCAGUUUGAUCAACCGUAUAUGACAAAUGCGGGAUAAAGUAGUGCUUGAUGGACUUAUUAGCGUUGCUUGGAUGCAACUAGCUCACUGUGUUGUGGGGUUAAGAGAAGAAGAAGUUAGAGAGAAAGCAAAUGGGGAUACUGCAAAUUUACACUUAUGACUUCAAAUCAUCAUUUUGCUUCUACCAGAUGUCAUAUUGAAUCCUCUUAUUUUCUUGAGAACGGAGCUUAAAGUUUUCCACGGUGAGUGAGUACUCUGAAGAUGAUAUUCUGCAAAUACGUGAGGAAUGAGUCUCAUAUGCAGCAAACCUACUCAAUGAACUUCAGUGACGAAUGUGAUGAACAGUGCUAGCUAGAUUUUUGCUAAGCUCGUAUGCAUUAUGGUGGUUAAACAAAUGGCUGGAAGGACAUAACAUUUGGAUGUUUGUGAUGUACUUUAUGUGUUUCCAGGACCUAUGUAAUGACUACUUUAUGUUUGCAUCCCUAUGUAGUUAGACUAGAAUUCAAGAAUAUUGCUAUUUUGGAUUUUGCUUUGUUUCCAAGAACAAGUUAACUUGUCUUUUAAUUUUCAUACUGACACUUUUUAGUGACACAUUUUUUAGUGUCAGAGUUCCAACCAUUCGUUGACACUUUCGUGGUGUCACUGAAACUUUUAGUGACACUAAUUUAGUGUCACUAUAGACCAUUUUUCUCCUGACAGGUGAACUCUGUGCCAUCAGUUCUUUGUAAUCGAUAAAUCGAAUACUUUAUUCCAUGAUGAUCUCCUCUGGACACAUUCAUAAUAUCCCAA